CAACGGUCAGAGCUGCGCGCGCGGACACAGCUACGAGUUCCGGGAUGUUUUAAAUGUUUGUUUGUUUACAGAAUUAAAAGUUUUUAAAUCAUUAAAAUGUCUUCUCCUCUCUCCACACUGAGGAAGAACAGGAGAGCCCCUCUACCGCAGAGUCAAGGUGAAAGAGGAAGAAGAGAUCAGGUGGAAAGGAGCGAGGCAGAGUAUGAAGCCUCACUGGUCAGAGACCUCUUCCCCGCGAGACAGCCGGGGUCAGAGGUCACAGACAGCCGCAACACUCUCAGGUCAAUGGUCACGCCCAGAAGGAGUCCUAAAGAAGUGUCUCCACCCUCUGAUUUUGAGCUGAUGUCCAGCAUAAUGAAGAAACUCGCGCAGUUAGAGAGGAAGGUGACGUCACAGGCGCUGGACAUCGAGAAGAAGAAUAGAAGAAUAGAGGAUCUGGAGGAGAAACUCCGUCUGCUUCUCGAGAAGUCUGGGAGAGAGCAGCAGGAUGAUGAGGAUCUGGACAGGAAGUGUGGCAGGCUUCAGCAGCAGGUGUGGGAGAUGGAGAAGUUUCUGAGCGAUUACGGGCUGAUUUGGGUCGGAGACGGAGAGAACAAGGACCAUGAAGCUAUAAACCCACAAACAUCACAACACACAGGAGCCCUACUGGUCAGGAGCUUCUCGGUGAACUUUGACCUGGUGCUGCAGAACGUCCGGGAUCUGAACGUUCUGGCAGGAGAAGGAGGAACUCGCAUCACCUUAGUUCCCGGAGGAGCCAAACUGACGCAGCAGCCUGCUGUAGACCUACAGCUCUACAGAAACGGCAUGGUGAUGUCCCACAGCCCCUUUAGAGCCUACACAGAACCGCAAACACAGAGAUUCCUUCAGGACCUGAUGGAUGGAUAUUUUCCCUCUGAGCUGAGGGACAGGUUUCCUCAUGGUGUACUCUUUCAGGUGGAUGACAGGCGGGAGGAGGAGUUUAGGACAGAGUUUCCAGGGAAAGGUCACACAGUUGGCGGAUCAGAACAGGAAGUGAUGCGUUACAGAGAAGAAACCAGUGAGAAAUUUUUAAGCUGUGAACCAGACAGAAAGUUGUCACUGCAGCAGUUCCUGAAUAAACUCCCGGAGUGUGUGGUGAAAGGAGGAAACAUCAUCAACAUUCGCUCGUCACUCAAACACCAUCUGCAGGGGUGUGAUGGAGCUGAGAGUUGUGUAUUGAGCGUAAUAGACACUCCUGCGUUACAGACUCUGAGAGGAAGACCGGAGUGUGAUAAAGUGUGUGAGAUCUCCAGCCUGCGAGUGAGAUCAGAGGAUGGAGAGAAGACCUUUAUUCUGAAAAUGUUCUUCUCUGAGACUAUCGGAGAUUUACGCCGAUAUCUGGACGCUCACAGAGGCUUCAGCCAACCUCCCUAUGACAUCAUCAGCGCCUUACCGCGUCAGUGUUACCAUAGCGACGAUAACCAAACACUUCUACGGUGCGGUCUGAUCCCUAGCGCUGCUUUGCUGUUAAGGCUCCACCCACCAGUGACAUCAUAGAAAUGCAAUAAGAAAAGAAGAGGAUUCAGUAAUCGCUGGGUUUUAUUCUUAAAUACAACAAAAACGUUAAAGUUACGAUUCAGAUUCUUUAUAAUAACUAUUCAAUAUUAAACUCCAGAAACUGUCUGUGUGUGAUUAGAAAAUAAUACGAGUUUGAUAGAAUGAGUAAUAUAAUUAUUAACAUAUCUUUCUUUCUCAGCCAAUCACAAAGCAGUACACACACACACACACUUUGUGUCCUGUUUUAUAUUUUGACCCCCAAAGUUUAUUCAAAUAAAUUAAAAAUAAAUUGUGUGUGUGACUGUGUGUAUGAUGUAGAAGGAGUCUCCAGUGUCAGUGCUGUGUAUCAGUCAGAGGUGAAGCUGGACCUUCAUCAGGUCAGGAGUUCACACUGCUUUGUGUUUUUUCCCUCAGUGUGACUCUUAAUAACAUAAGAGAGAGAAUAAAGAGAGACUGCUGAGGGGACGAGUGUUUAUAGCUGACAGAGAGAGAGAAUAAAGAGAGACUGCUGAGGGGACGAGUGUUUAUAGCUGACAGAGAGAAAAUCACAUUCAGGAACAGAGAGAAGAGUUUUUAUUUCUAGUGUGUGUGUGUGUGUGUGUGUGUAACGUCCAUGAAAAUAAACAACCAGCUGAUAUAAAUAA